CGAGGAGCUAGCCGCGACAAGCGGAGCGCACCCAAAUCCAUCCGACACCAGAACAUUUCUUUGUAAUCUUAACCGAAAGCUAAGAGAUCCAAAAAAGCGAAAUCGGAACGCGGAGAUAACACACCGGCGACGGCACAAUGCUGAACACCUUCAGCUCGGUGAGGCAGUACCUCAAGUUCGAUAUAACGCGGGUUGUCAUCGACAACAUCGUGUUCAAGCUCCACUACCGAUGGACCUUUGUAAUGCUCCUGGUGGCCACCCUGCUGAUCACGUCGCGUCAGUAUAUCGGGGAGCAUAUUCAGUGCAUUUCCGAUGGUGUCAUAGCUCCGGUCAUCAACACCUUUUGUUUCUUCACGCCGACCUUUACAGUGGUGCGUGACCUGAACCACACCGCCUUCAAGCCGGGCAGCGAGCCCCCCGGCAUCGGGCACUAUGAUCCCGAGAAGCACACGAUCAAGCGGCAUGCCUACUACCAGUGGGUGCCCUUCGUCCUGUUCUUCCAGGCCCUGUGCUUCUACAUACCACACUUUCUGUGGAAGAAGUGGGAGGGCGGUCGGGUCAAGGCUUUGGUCUUUGGCCUGCGCAUGGUGGGUCUCACCAGAUACCUGAAGAAUGACAGUCUGAGGAUAGGAAAGCUGAACAUACCAUCCAUGGCCGAGGCGGAGGAGCGCAUCAAGGACAUUCGGCGAACGAUGAUCGAUAGGAUGCGUUUGAAUCAAUCCUGGGGAGCUCACUUGGUCUUUGCCGAGAUCCUGAAUCUGGUGAAUCUUUUGAUACAAAUCACCUGGACGAAUCGGUUUUUGGGUGGCCAGUUCUUGUCCUUGGGACCGCAGGCUCUGCAGGCCCGGUGGUCCAAUGAGGUGAGCAUCUUGGACCUGGUCUUUCCCAAGGUGACCAAGUGCAGGUUCCACAAGUUUGGUGCCUCCGGAUCGCUGCAGGAUCACGAUACGCUCUGCGUCAUGGCUUUGAAUAUAAUGAAUGAGAAGAUCUACACAAUUUUGUGGUUCUGGUAUGCCUUCCUUCUGGUGGUCACCGUGCUGGGCCUCAUCUGGCGACUGUUUACGCUGUGUUUCUACAGAAAUGUCACCUUCACCCGCUGGUCUCUGUAUUGGGCAAAGCCCGGCAGACUGGACGAAAACGAACUGUCUGCGGUGAUUGACAAGUGCAACUUCUCCAACUGGAUGUUCCUCUUCUUCCUGCGUACCAACCUCUCCGAGUUCCUGUUCAAGAAGGUCAUCUACCAUUUGGCCAGCGAAUUUCCCAAUCCCGACCAUGAAAACGACAUCAAUGCUUAUCGAGACCUGGGCUCAGCGCCCCCCUCAUCGUCCACCAAGAUCCGAUAUCCGGAUAUCAGCAGUCUGGACACUGUGGACUCGCCGCUGCUUCAUCUCCGGCACCCGGGCACGACCACAGUGGGCAACACCACGCCGCCCAACGGCGGGGGCCAACUUCCAAGCACUUCGGAGAUGGCCAAAAUGCCUGUUUAAUUUAAUUUAUUCAUUUCAAUUAACGCUAGGCAAUUAAUUAUUCCCCUUGUUUUUUUUUUUUCAUUUUAUUGUUAAAUAUAUUUAUUUUUAAGCGACA